GAGAGCGAGACCUUCGCGCUGGGGCCAACUACCGGAACCGGAAAUGAGAAGCGAAGGACUUUGAGAAAGUCUAAGUUCCGCUUUGUGAGUGGCUCAAGACAAUUGAUCAGUCACAGCCACCCCAUGAAGGUCGAAGACUUCAGUAACAGACGCCAAGUUGUGGCCAGAGAGCUACAAGCUGUGUUGGGGUCGUCGACAAGAUCUCUUCCUGCCUGGUCAUAUGUAAGACUUUACAUUUGGCGGUGUUGAACUUAAUGCCAUGAUCAGUGCUCCAGUAAUGUAAACAGUCCAGGUCCGCCAACAGUGAGACGGGAGAAUUUACAGUCAGUAGGGCGGAAGAGUUUGCUGCCGUCUAUGAACAGGGCAAUGCUAGACCCAUGCUGAAUGUAAAUAGGCAUGUCAAUUGCAUACACCAGGAAAAGAAGUGUACCCAAAAGGGAACCCCGUGGUACCCAAGAUAUCACAGGUAACCAGUUGCUUGUUGAUUAAAACAAUUUCUUGCCGACAAAUUAAAGUAUAUGCCCGGCGCCUUGCAGCCCCAACCGUAUACCUGAUACUAAGCAUAACAGGGAACUGAAAUGGAACCGAGACUGAGCGUGACGCCAAAAAAGAGAGUGGAAGAACUAACAAGGUACUUGCAUAGGGCCAGUUUUCCAUUCUUUUCCAGUUGUCAGGAUAAAGGCUUCCAGUGUUUUCCUAAUGUAGCUGCACCUCUUCGUUGGGUAUGCGCAUGCAGCAGGAGCCGAUUACCGGCAUACAGCCAUACCGAGUGAUACCAUGUCGUUUAUCAGACAUGAUCGAAACAGAAGGUCUUAGCAUCAUUAAAAUAGAGAGUGAUACAAGCAAAUUAUGUGGGCUCCCUUUAGCGACAGAGUAUGAGCAGGAAUCCAUAACACAAUAGUGUUGCUGGUUGCCUGCUAGGGACGACGAUCGGUGAGGUCAUUUAGCGGGCUUCGACUUCUGGCUGCGUAUGAAAAGCCGGAAUAUUGUGCAGCAGUAGUGACGCAAAAAUGGUGAUUCAGGUAUAA